AUGGAAACGACACCGCGCGCAUCUGAGGCUGGUGGGGAGAAGAGGAUGGGAGCCCUGGAAGUGGAGCGGUGGAUGGGGCCGGAUCAAGAGUUGCUACUAAGCGGAGAGGGGAUUACUGUGAUGGCAGGGUACACACUGAUUGCCGCGAGAAUGGUCGGAGGGGAGGAGGGGCUUCCUGUGAAGGAGGGCAACGUGGAGCUGAUGCGAGUGAUAAGGAGAAUGCGCGAGACCGUACAUGUGCUGACAGGGGCGGGUGUGUCUGCAGCAUCACGUGUGCCCACCUUCAGAGGGGCAGGUGGGCUCUGGCGCACUUAUGAUGCCACGGAGCUGGCAACCCCACGGGCGUUUGCGGCGGACCCAUCGCUGGUGUGGGAGUUCUACCACUACCGCAGGAGUGUGGUGGCACGGUGCACACCCAAUGCGGGCCACGAGGUGCUGGUGCAGCUGGAGUUUCGCUGCCAGUGGGAGGGCAAGGCAUUCACGCUCCUCACACAGCAUCGCAAUGUGGAUGGACUGCCAUGCUCGGCUGGGGCAGUAACAUCUUCAGCUGCUUGCACCACUGCCGUCACAUGUGCCCUCGUCUUGCCUGCACGGCCCUGCUGCACUCCUCGCUGUGCAUUGGCGGCAUGCCCACCAUCGCCCCCCACCCAUCGUCACCCCUCACCAUCCCCUGGCAAACCUCAGAACGUGGACAGGCCGCACACAGCGGCGGGCAGCAGCGCGCUGGUGGAGCUGCAUGGCUGCCUCUGGCGCACCCGCUGCCUAACCUGUGGGGACAUCGCAUAG